UACACCAAGCAACGAAUAAAUCCGAAGUUGAACGAGUGAAACAAGCUCGCCGGGUGUUGUAAACAAAAUGCGAGCAGAAAUGACGGUCGAUUUAGAUUUAAAAACGUUAGAGAAUUUAAGGAUUUAUAACGGAUAUGAAACAGAAAAGAGCACUAGAAAGUUGAGUUUUGAGCCAUCUUCACCUGAAGGUAAUGAGAGUGACAACGGUCUGGGAGAAUGGACUCCAUCAGAGGAGAAAUCAAGUAGAAAGUCCAAGUGUGGUCGCCCAGCAAACCCUAUCCCAAGACACAAGCGGGAUUCGCACAUUAAAGCGGAAUACAAGCGCCGUGAUAAAAUACAGAAAGGUUUUGACACAUUAUUGACACUUGUUCCGGAAUUGCGAAAUGUCUCCGAAAAAGAAAGCAAAGCAAAGAUGUUAUUUAAAACCGCCGACUACUGUCGACGUUUAAAAAGUGAGAGUGGGAGCACUCAGACAGAGCUAAAGGCCCUGCAUCAGCAGCUAGAAUCCAUUGGUACAGAAAUUCAAGAACUUCAGGACAAAUUGCCAAAGAAUGGGUUAGAAACAGUAAAGAAACAUGAUGACGUUGCCAUGGAUACAUUGUAUAACAAGUAUGUGCAGGAUGAAACAAAGAAGAACUGGAAAUUUUGGAUCUUUAGAUUCUUCAUGCAUCCACUGUAUGAAUCAUACAAGAAGGUGACCUCUGGUAAACAGGAAGGCCAGGAUUUCCACAAGAAUGUUUUCCAAUGGAUUCAGAGCAGCCUUUCCCUUGGAAAUCUUAGAAAAGGUUUUCUUGAAUCACUGCGUACUAUCAGUAAGCAUACAAGUAUUAUGACCAAUCCUGAGCAGCUGGAACAGGAAGCUAGGUCAAACACGCUAGAUCAGUUAAUUAGCACAGGUCAGGACAGCAUGGAAACAAACCAAGCCUCUUCCACAAACCUGGCCCCUCCCACUUCCCCAAAAGUACCUAACACAACCCCAGGGUCUUCUGCUAAAUGUACCCCUGUGCAGACACCAACUCCAACUCCACCAAGAACACCAAAUCUAUCAAGAAGAUCAUCUAAGAGAGAAAUUCAGAGGACAUCUAUCAGUAGGUCCAGGUCAAAUUCACCAGCUCAAGCUGAAACAGAACCAAAGAGACGCUCAAAUUACAGAUCAAGGUCAGGUAGGCGAUGUUGUGAAGAGCAGGAAAUGAAGGUAGAAUAUACCACAAGUGGAAAUCCCAACCUCCCACUACUAAGUCAGCUUCUUACAUCUCGACAAUUUGUGCAAGUAUGUCAAUAUAGGAUGAAGACGACGCCAACAACAACAGAGAAUUCCAACGUGACUUCAAGUUAUCAAGCUAUCUCAAAAGCACCAAUGAUGAGUCACAGUAUCAUGAGUACCACUCAAAAUAAUCUCAUGUUUGAUAGAAAUUUUGUUGAAUCUCCUACUUCUCAUGUAGAUACAAAUGUGGACAUGAUCAUACCUAAACUAAGUUCAGGUGAUCAGUUCCCUGCAGCAGUUGUGCACAGUGCUUCCCCAUCGGUUACUUCUAGCAGUACCAAUAAACCAGGCUUAACUGCUUCUACACCUGAAUUUACAAACAGUAUCUCCACCAAUGAAUCACAACUUUCCAACAUGGAGUAUUUCGAUGCUUCAGUCAGUGAAAGUCUUCUCCUACCAGACACAUCAAGUAUUAUUUUGGAUAGCUCAUCAAUACCACAAAGCCUAUAUCAUCCAGAUUCAAAUCUGAUCAAAACUUCAGAUUGUUUUAAAAGUCAACCAUUGGAUCUUUUGCUUUCGAUCACCAGCUCAGAUAGUAUGUUGACAGAAAUGCCAAGUCUUAUUACUGCCAUGCCUAGCCAGUUACAGUGUGACAUUUAUAGUGAAAGUCUGGGUAAUGUAAAUGUUGCUAAAACUGAUAAGCUACUUGCAUUGAGUCCUGAUGAAGACUCAUUGACAGACUUGUUAAGUUUUGAUGUCAUGGAUGUAGGUACAGUGAUGAAAUUUUUCAAUGAUGAUAAACAAACUCACUCAUGAUGUUGGAAAUAGGGGGAAAAUGUAUAUAGCUUGUAAAUAUUGAGCUCUUUAGUUGUGAUGUUAUAUGAAUGUCUUGUUAUUAUAUGUGAGGUUAUAUGAAUAUCUUGUUAUUAUAUGUGAGGUUAUAUGAAUAUCUUGUUAUUACAUGUGAUGUUAUAUGAAUGUCUUGUUAUUAUAUGUGAGGUUAUAUGAAUGUCUUGUUAUUAUAUGUGAGGUUAUAUGAAUGUUCUUGUUAGGUAUAUGUGAGGUUAUGUGAAUGUAAUUCUGUGUAUGUUUUCAUGAAUAUAAUUCAAUGUGAGGUUUCAUAUAUGUAAUCAUGUAAGUUUAUGAAUGCAAAUAUUUUUCAAUUUUUCAUGAAUGUAAAUUUAUGCGACUUUUUAGGAAUGUUACAUGUGAGGUUUUAUUAAUAUGAUUAUAGGAUAAUUUUCAUGAAUGUUAGUAUGAGUUUAUGUGAUACUUUUUCAUAGUUAUAAUUAUAUAUAUGUAUGUGAAGUUUCAUGAAUGUAAUUAAAUGUAAGGUGUUUGGAAUGUAACAAUAUUUUAUUGAUUUUUUAAAAAUCUUUGCUUGAUUGUUUUCCUGUGUGAUCAGAUCAUGAAUGAUAUUUGUUUAUUGUUAAAAGUGAAAAGUAUUCAAUAUUUUGUUCUGAUAUUCCAUUAUGGAAUCACAUAUUUUGAACAAAUUAUGUGAAAUUUCUUUUUUCAUUGUAUAUGUACUUCUUUUGCCAAGAUCAUCGUUUGUGUUGAUUAGUCUUUUUCCAUGUAGAAUAAAGAAGGGGCAGCUUA